GAGGAGCGUCCAGGUUGCGGCUGGGCCAUGUCCCAGCUGGUGGAAUGUGUCCCCAACUUCUCGGAGGGGAAAAACCAGGAGGUGAUUGAUGCCAUUUCCCGAGCGGUGGCUCAGACCCCAGGCUGCGUGCUGCUGGACGUGGACUCCGGCCCCUCCACCAACCGCACCGUCUACACCUUCGUGGGGCGCCCCGAGGAUGUGGUGGAGGGGGCCCUCAAUGCCGCCCGGGCCGCCUACCAGCUCAUCGACAUGAGCAGGCACCAUGGGGAGCACCCUCGGAUGGGCGCCCUGGACGUGUGCCCCUUCAUCCCGGUGCGCGGUGUCACCAUGGACGAGUGCGUGCGCUGUGCCCAGGCCUUUGGCCAGCGGCUGGCUGAGGAGCUGGGGGUGCCAGUGUACCUCUACGGCGAGGCGGCGCGGACGGCCGGUCGCCAGUCCCUGCCCGCCCUCCGGGCUGGGGAGUACGAGGCCCUCCCUGAGAAGCUCAAGCAGGCCGAGUGGGCCCCUGACUUCGGCCCCAGCGCCUUCGUCCCCAGCUGGGGGGCCACGGUCGCGGGGGCGCGGAAGUUCCUCCUCGCGUUCAACAUCAACCUGCUCAGCACCAGGGAGCAGGCGCACCGCAUUGCCCUCGACCUGCGGGAGCAGGGCCGCGGGAAGGACCAGCCAGGACGCCUGAAGAAGGUGCAGGCCAUCGGCUGGUACCUGGACGAGAAGAACCUGGCUCAGGUGUCUACAAACCUCCUGGACUUUGAGGUCACCGGGCUGCACACGGUCUUCGAGGAGACCUGCAGAGAAGCCCAGGAGCUGAGCCUCCCGGUGGUGGGCUCGCAGCUGGUGGGCCUGGUGCCGCUGAAGGCCCUCCUGGACGCGGCCGCCUUCUACUGCGAGAAGGAGAACCUCUUCCUGCUGCAGGACGAGCACCGGAUCCGGCUGGUGGUGAAUCGGCUGGGCCUGGACUCCCUGGCUCCCUUCAAACCCAAGGAGCGGAUUAUCGAGUACCUCGUCCCCGAAGCUGGGCCUGAGCAGAGCCUGCUGCACAAGCCCCUGCGCACCUUUGUCCGCGAGGUGGGCUCCCGCUCGGCGGCCCCGGGGGCCUCUGUGGCCGCAGCCACUGCAGCCAUGGGUGCUGCGCUGGCCUCCAUGGUCGGCCUGAUGACCUACGGGCGGCGCCAGUUCGAGCACCUGGACGCCACCAUGCGCCGCCUGAUCCCGCCCUUCCACGCGGCCUCAGCCAAGCUGACCUCGCUGGUGGACGCUGACGCCCGGGCCUUCGAGGCCUACCUGAAAGCGAUGAAGCUGCCCAAGGACACACCCGAGGACAAGGACAGGCGUGCGGCUGCCCUGCAGGAGGGGCUGAGGCAGGCAGUGGCUGUGCCCCUGGCGCUGGCGGAGACGGUGGCCUCGCUGUGGCCGGCACUGCAGGAGCUGGCCCUGUGUGGGAACCUGGCCUGCCGAUCUGACCUGCAGGUGGCAGCCAAGGCCCUGGAGACAGGUGUGUUUGGUGCCUAUUUCAACGUGCUCAUCAACCUGAAAGAUGUCACGGAUGACGCGUUUAAGGCCCAGGUCCGUCAGCGCAUCUCCAGCCUCCUGCAGGAAGCCAAGACCCAGGCGGCACUGGUGCUGGACCGGCUGGAGGCCCGGCAGGCGUGACGGCGGGAGGGGCACCUCCCUGGACCCUGUCCUUGCUGUGGCCCCUCACUGUCUGGACGACAGGGUGGCCUCCAGACCUGUCCUGGGGGGCCCGGAGAGGGCAGGGAGUGGGGGGCAAGGAAGGGGGGGCUCUGGGGGCAGUGGCAUCACCUUCUGUCACCUGUGGCUUCCAGUAAAGUGAUGACACACC